AUGAUUCCCGAGUUUAGUGGUGGGUCCAGUCAACUUAUUAUUGUUCCAGCGGCAGGAGAAGUUAUUCUGUAUCGGUUGUAUAUAUUAACACCUCCUGGGCAUAAGAUCGACAACUUGGAAAUCCCACGCACAUGCAUAUUUCCAAGUCCUCUGCAUGCGUGUUUCUCCGAAGGCCGCAUAGCCAUGGCGGGUAGUUACCUAAGGCACUUCGCCGACCCACACAUGCUUCAGAGGUUGCAGUACAGCUGCACGGCCUCUCACACCUGCGACAUCUGUCUAUCCAAGCUCGCCGGCCGCGUCGGCUACCGCUGCAACACCUGCAACUUGGACAUCCACGAGUACUGCGCGGAUUCCUACAAGCCGACCAUUACCUUCUUCGCCCACCCCUGGCACACCCUCCAGCUGAGCCGCAUCCCCAGGUCCGGCGUUGGAUGGGUGUGCGACCUCUGCGAGGAGAAAUGCCCGCCAGGGAGUUUGGUGUACCGCUGCAUCGACUGCUUGUUCGACGCACACCCUCGUUGCACGCGGCGGUUCCCGCAGACGAUUCGCAGCUCACUCCACCCGGAGCAUGACCUCCGCAUGGUCCCUUCGUCGGGACACGUGUGCGGGGCCUGCCGCACAGGUUUACCCGUGUGGCAAUACGUCUGUGGGGGUUGUAAGGUCAGAUUUCACAUCGCGUGCGUCAAGAGCGGAUAGAUCAUCGAGCCACCAUGUUUGUCCUGGCCUGGACGCGGCACUCUAAAAUAACUUCGUUCACCACGUACGUAUUUGAUUGUCUUACUAAGCGCACAGGCUGUGCAUGCA